CUGGCCACUACGGGCAGCCCUCGGACUUGGCCUUGGGGGACCGCAGGGAGCUGGUGUACCCCGGAGCUACAAUUGAGGUGAAGAAACUAAAGCCAGGGAGGGGAGGAGACUAUUUCUAAGGGGUGCCUAUGGGAGGCCUGCCCUGAAAGGAUGCUGUGAAGACCACUUCUCUGAGAUGCUCUGGCCUGAGUUUAACAUACCCUGAUAGGCUGCGUCACACUGCACUUCCACCUGCUUGGAGGAUGUGAGUGGACUGUAGCUGGGUGCCCCUGGAAGCAUGGAGACUGUGGUAAUCGUUGCCAUAGGUGUGCUGGCCACCAUUUUCCUGGCCUCCUUUGCUGCUUUGGUGGUGGUCUGUAGGCAGCGCUACUGCCGGCCUCGAGACCUACUACAGCGCUAUGAUUCCAAGCCCAUUGUGGACCUCAUUGGUGCUAUGGAGACCCAGUCUGAACCCUCCGAGUUAGAGUUGGAUGAUGUUGUCAUCACCAAUCCCCACAUCGAGGCCAUUCUGGAGAAUGAAGACUGGAUCGAAGAUGCCUCGGGCCUCAUGUCCCACUGCAUCGCCAUCUUGAAGAUUUGUCACACUCUGACAGAAAAACUUGUUGCCAUGACAAUGGGUUCUGGGGCCAAGAUGAAGACGUCAGCAAGUGUCAGCGACAUCAUUGUGGUGGCCAAACGGAUUAGCCCCAGAGUGGACGACGUCGUGAAGUCAAUGUACCCUCCGCUGGACCCCAAGCUCCUGGAUGCAAGGACAACUGCCCUGCUCCUGUCCGUUAGUCACUUGGUGCUAGUGACCAGAAAUGCCUGCCACCUAACCGGGGGCCUAGACUGGAUUGACCAGUCACUGUCUGCUGCUGAGGAACACCUGGAAGUCCUUCGAGAGGCAGCUCUGGCUUCUGAGCCAGAUAAAAGCCUCCCCAACCCCGAGGGCUUCCUGCAGGAACAGUCGGCCAUUUAAUCAUCUUCGAGGCCCCUGUUUCUGCCCCUGGGAGAACCUUCUACUUCCUGUAGAUUUAGUUGCUCUCUAGAGCUCUGGCGGCCAGUCCUGGGUGCAGGGUAAAGCCGAGAGCCUUGCACUGGAUGCCUCUGCUGCAAUGGCAAAUAGUGGCUGGAGAGUGGCAGUGUAAUACCACGGUUAGGGGAGGCGCCUUGUACCUCUACAGCAGAGCGCAGAAAGCCGCAGAGCUCGCUGCUGCUACAUUUAGUUCAUUUAAUGUUUCCAAGAAAAUCGAGUUGUCCUCUAAGAAUCGAGAGACUUCACAUUAAAUUAGACUUUCUGGCUUCUGAAAAUCAAGGUGUAGCAACAUGGACAAUCAGAACUAAGUGGCUAGGAUGAGAUUGUCUCUUUGGGUGAAGACCCUUGCUCUCCCCUUGCUGUUUUGUUUGUGUUCGGUGCUUGGUCCCUGAAGCAUUGGCGCCCCCCACCCCACCCCGCUUUUCUUGUACCUUCCUCUUUCCCAUUUGUGUUAGAAGCUGAGGAAUGCAAAGUCUCCUUUGUAUCACUAUGCCUGCAAUUUCACUUUACAACCACUAGGCGAAUAGUAAACUUAUACUUCUGUUUUCCUCAA